AUGGAUCCUUACGAGUACACACAAACAGUCGAUCAUGAAGUUCAUGAAGUAGACGAAGACGAAUUGCAAAAGCUUGAGAAGGAUUUAGCACCCACCUCUACUGAUUUCUAUGGCGUCUUAAAUAUUUCUAGAAAAGCAACUGAAGAAGAAAUCAAAGAUUCCUAUAAAAAACUGUGUCGUUUCUUUCAUCCUGAUAAGCAUACAGACGAAACAAAGAAAAAGAUGGCAGAGUCGAGAUUUCAAGUGAUUCAAAAAGCCUAUGAAGUAUUAAGUGAUCCUCAAAAGAGAGUGAUCUAUGAUACUUAUGGUGAAGAAGGACUCAAUGCAACUUGGGAUCUUGGACCUCGUUACAAGACACCUGAAGAAUUGAGAGAAGAGUAUGAAAACAAGGCUCGUCAAAAGCGAGAACAAGAUUUAGAAAACUUGGUUCGAUCCAGAAGUGAAUUCCAAUUGACUUUAGAUGCUACUCAAGUCUUUGAUCCUUAUGAACCACCUGUCUUUGUUGGAUUUGGACAAGCAGUACCUCAACCUAAAAAGAGAGGCCCAUUGUAUGCACUCACAAAACUCCAAUCACAGCAAUUGUUUAUGCGACAUUCAUUUGAGACACAAAUUGGUCCUCAAACACAUGCCAUAGUAGGUGGGACCAUGGUUUCGCGUGCUGGUAUGGGUGGUGGCAACAUCUUGGGUACUGUUCGUCAUACUGUCUCUCCAAAAUUAUGGGGUGAAUUGACUGCCACUCUAUUGAAACCAAGAAUGUUGACACUUAAGACGUAUUAUUCAGUCUCUUCAGAUAGUUUUGUCAAUUCAACUGCUCAAUUGAAUUCAAUCUAUGAUCCUCCUGUGCUUACUGUCACAGCAGGUCGUCGAUUGUUUGCAGCUACAACAGGCUAUAUUACUUAUCGUACAGGUGAAUGGUCCGUUCUCGGAUGGGGAGGUGAUGCUUCUCAUAAAAUGGAUAAAUCUUCUGUAUCACUUGGUAUGGCUGGUAUGAACAAAAAAGCUAAUUAUAGUGGUGAAAUUCAAACGGGUAUCAUGUCAUCUCAUCUUGCUGGUGAAUAUGCUUACAAGUUACCUAAUCAAGCCCGUCUUCGUUUAUCAUGUACCUUGUCAUCUCAAGGUGGUAUUAUGGCCAGUAUUGGCAGUGAUCAUAAAUUAUCUCAACAUACAAGAGCUGGCAUGUCUAUGGAAUGUGGAUUACCUUCAGGUGUCAUUAUUAAAUUCAGGGUCUCACGUCUUGGACAAAAGGCUGUGUUACCCAUCAUCCUCUCAGCCGAUUUUGAUCUUAAAUUAGCGUUCUUCGGGGCCAUAAUUCCAGCUUCCGUUGCUUUGGCCCUUGAUCAAUUAGUAUUGAAACCCCGCAGAAGACGAUUAAUUCAACAAAAAAUCAAUGAAUUAAGAGAAGAACAUGCUGAAUAUCUCGCGAAUCGCAAGCAAGAAGCAUUAGAUGCACAGGCAUUGAUGGUUGACAUUGCCGAAAGAAAGAAAAAGCAAGAAGAAGAAAAACAGGAUGGCCUGGUUAUUGUUAAGGCGUUGUAUGGUCAUUCUCAAAACUUGGAUAAUAAUGAAGAAGGAGUGAUCGACGUAACCAUAGUGAUUCAGACGCUUGUUCAUGAGUCGAGACUGACUAUCCCAGGCGGACACUCAAAGGUAACAGAAUUUGAUAAGUAUAUUACUAAAAAAAAUAUAUAG